ACCUACGUUACAGGUGCGCUGACUGUCAACAUCGAAAUACAUCACAAUUGCUCUUUCCUUUCUGUCGAAAGACUCGAAGCGAAAAAGUUCGUGACGACGUUUUCAAGCAUUUUCGAAUUUGCAAAUUUUCCGUAGAUCCUAAAUUGAAAGUGCAUUACAACCAAUAAAAGUAAAAGAGAAGUAAGCUUAACAACAGCAGCAAAAUGCCUAAAAAUAAGGGAAAAGGAGGUAAAAAUCGUCGUCGUGGAAAGAACGAAAAUGAAUUCGAAAAACGUGAAUUGAUUUUCAAGGAGGAUCAGCAAGAAUAUGCACAAGUCACCAAAAUGCUGGGCAAUGGUCGACUUGAGGCAACAUGUUUUGAUGGAGUGAAACGUUUGUGUCACAUUCGGGGGAAACUCAGAAAGAAGGUAUGGAUUAAUCAGGGCGACAUCAUUUUGGUCGGUCUACGUGAUUAUCAGGAUUCAAAAGCUGAUGUCAUCUUAAAAUAUACACCGGAUGAGGCGAGAAAUUUGAAAACAUACGGUGAAUUCCCCGAAUCGGUACGCAUCAACGACACAGUUACAUUCGUCGAAGAUGGUUUUGAUGAAGACAUCGAAUUCGGUGAUGAGAUCAGUUCUGAGGAUGAUGCUGAUUCUGUAGACAAUAUAUGAUUAACAAGAAAUAAGCGCGAGUCUUCAAAUCAAAAAGAAGAAGAAUUAAGUAAAAUGGAAGUUUGAAAAGUUUUCAUUUCACAUUAAAAAAAAAUCAAGAAACAAAAAUAUUAUAUAUUUAAUUCACUCUUUAAAUAGAAGUAAUUAAUUAAAAAGCGAUAACAAUAAAUAUAAAAAUUCAAAAAACCCAAGAAAUAACAACACACAUUUUUUUUUAUUUAUUUGCUUCAAAUUAAACCGAUUUUUAUUUUUAAACUACACUAUAUAGUGUGAUUUUGAAAAAUUUUAGGUGCAAACGAUAUUGUACUUUUUAAGGUUCCAUCUAGAAGAGUUGAACAAAAUUACUGCAAAAAUUUGUUUAAGUUGAGUGAAACACUUGACAAUUAAAGAUUUGUUUGUUAAACUCUUGCAGCAUGUUGCUACAGAGUAUAAAAGUUUUUUAAAUUAUUUUUAGUUUUGGAAAGAUACUUUUUAGACUUUGCUGAUUUAAUAAAUAUAUAAAACUUUUAAA